UCCGUGGCCACCCCGACUGGGUCCUGAUUCACGUGCGUCAGAGGCAACACGUUUCGAGGAUACAACACAACGCAGCGGUCCUUCCUCAAGCGUUCAGCAGGCUGAAUUUAUUUUAUCCGAGUCGUAGGUUACUUCUCCGCUUUCACCCUCCACGCUGUUCUGCAGACUUUUCUCCAGAGUUGUCUGCAGCUCCAACAUGGGGAAAAGAAGCAGGCAACGGCAGAAGAACCAGUCUGGUGGCAGAGACGACAGGGACAGCGGUUGGGGAGCUGGCUAUGCUGACAUUGUCAAGGAGAAUAAGCUGUUUGAGCACUACUACAAGGAGCUAGGCCUGGUGCCUGAAGGAGAGUUUGAACAGUUUAUGGAGGCGAUGAGGGAACCGCUGCCAGCAACCAUCCGCAUCACUGGAUACAAGAGCCAUGCCAAAGAAAUCCUCCACUGUCUGAAGGAAAAAUACUUUAAGGAUAUUCAGGAGGUGGAGAUCGAAGGCCAGAAGAUUGAGGCUCCACAGCCUCUGAGCUGGUAUCCAGAUGAGCAGGCCUGGCACACCAACAUGAGCAGGAAGAUUAUUAGGAAGUCUCCUCUGUUGGAGAAGUUCCACCAGUUUCUGGUCAGCGAGACUGAGUCUGGCAACAUCAGCCGACAGGAGGCUGUCAGUAUGAUCCCUCCUCUCCUCAUGAAGAUUGAGUCCCACCAUAAGAUCCUGGACAUGUGUGCAGCUCCAGGGUCAAAGACAGCCCAGCUGAUUGAGAUGCUCCAUGCUGACAUGGAUGUGCCAUUCCCAGAGGGCUUUGUCAUUGCUAACGACGUGGACAACAAGCGCUGCUACCUGCUUGUUCACCAAGCCAAGCGUCUCAACAGCCCCUGCAUCAUGGUGAUCAACCACGACGCCUCCUGCAUCCCCACACUCAAGACCGACGCAGAUGGCCAGAAGGACAUCCUCUUCUACGACCGCAUACUGUGUGACGUGCCCUGCAGCGGUGACGGCACCAUGAGGAAGAACAUAGACGUGUGGAAGAAGUGGACGACCAGCAACAGCCUGCACCUCCACGGGCUCCAGCUGCGUAUUGCAGUGCGUGGCGUCGAACAGCUGGCUGUAGGAGGGCGGAUGGUCUACUCCACCUGUUCACUCAACCCUAUAGAGGACGAAGCUGUCAUCGCAGCACUGCUGGAGAAGAGCGAAGGAGCGCUGGAGCUGGCCGACAGCUCAGCCGAUCUGCCAGGGCUGAAGUGGAUGCCUGGGGUCACUUCCUGGAAGCUGAUGACCAAGGAUGGCCAGUGGUACUCGGACUGGUCCCAUGUUCCGAGCAGUCGUCACACACAGAUCCGCCCCACCAUGUUCCCGCCAACAGACCCCGAGAAGCUUGCUAGCAUGCAUCUGGAGAGAUGUAUGAGGAUUCUGCCACAUCACCAGAACACUGGCGGCUUCUUUGUGGCAGUGCUGGUGAAGAAAGCCCCGAUGCCUUGGAACAAAAGAUAUCCCAAGCUGAGGAAGGAUGUCUCGUCCCUCUCCGCAGCCCAGACUGGAGACUCUCCAGCGGCCUCGACCCCUGUAGACACUCCUUGUCUGCCUGAGAGUGCUAUGGAGGAGGGGCAGGGGGGAUGCCCGGAGGGAAAAGUAGACGAGGAGGCACCCAAAGGAGCAUCCCUAGCCCAGGAGAGUGCUGUGAAACAAGAUGGAGUGUGUGGGCCUCCAGCCUCUAAGAAGAUGAAGCUGUUCGGUUAUAAAGAAGAUCCCUUUGUGUUCCUGACUGAAGUUGACCCCGUCUUCACCACCAUACAAUCUUUCUAUGAUCUGUCGCCAGACUUCCCCAAACUGAAUGUUCUGACCAGAACCCACGAGGGCAAGAAGAGACACUUGUACAUGGUGUCCAAGGAGCUGCGCAACGUGCUGCUCAAUAACAGCGAGUGCAUGAAGGUCAUUAACACAGGGGUGAAGGUGUGGUCUCGCAACAGUGAUGGAGAGGAGUUUGGCUGUGCCUUCAGACUGGCUCAGGAGGGUAUCUACACUCUUCAGCCUUACAUUCGCUCCAGGAUAAUCAGAGUGAGUGUGGAGGACAUCAAAGUGCUGCUGACCCAGGAGAACCCCUUCCUCAGCAAACUGGAGGACGACGCUCACGCUCAGGCCAAGAAAAUAAAUAUGGGUAGCAUUGUGUUGAAGUACAUCCCCAAACCAGAUUCCCCAGCGGACCCUCAGUGUUCCAUCCAGCUGUGUGGCUGGAGGGGAAAGACGUCCAUCCGUGCUUUCGUCCCCCGUAACGAGAGGUUUCAUUACCUCCGAAUGUUAGGCGUGGAGGUCUUCAGAGACAAACAGGGCCUCGGGCAGAAACAGAGGGAUGAGGGUAAGGGAGAGGAGGAAGGAGCGGCUGAGAAUGAGGCGGAGCUGGACUUGGAGAACAGUGAUGAAAAUGGAUCAUCACAAGCGAAGGCCAACAGCGGCAACCAGGGGACUAGCAGCUGAGGAUGUAGUGACAGAGAGGAAGAGGAGGAAGGAUUGGCUGAAGACGUGUUGGAGCUCUAAGAGCCGUUAACCAGGUCCAAGACCACAUUAAGUGGUAGAGGAGGGUUUCUCUGUCCACCACACUGCCACUGCAGAAGAAUUCCCUCCCAAAGAUGGACUUCCUUGGGAGUUUUAAUUUUUGGAGCUCCUCCAGCAGACGGCUUUUAGUUUAAUGCCUUGUCUUAUUUUAUAUAGCUGUUUUUUAUGCUUUAACAAAUUAUUCUACUGACCGAGUGGCGUCAAUUUUCUUUCAGUUGCUAAUAUUUUGAGAGGUUUGUAUUAACUGCCAUCUCAUUUUCUACAUCUGUAAUUAAGCAGAAAUAUGGAGUUGAUUAAAAGCGUUGAGGGUUAACUGUGUCAACGGUCAAAUUAUUGACUUGGAGCUUAUUCUUGGCUCUUGAAGUGUGAAAGGCAUGUUUGAGAUGGUGUUGAUUAGGUUCUGAAAAUAAAUGACAGAAUGAAACAGCUAUGAGGUAAAAAAAAGAUUGUAAAAACAUAAAUAAAAAUACGUUGGCGUUUAGUAAA